CAUACGGCUGUUUGUAUCUGACGGUGCUCCCGAUAUCCAGCAGCACAAGCCCUCUGAAAUUUAGCCAGACGUUCUAAGUCAUUAUCUUUUGGUCCUGUCCUCCCCCAUCCCCCAUCCAACCUGCUCAUGCUCUCCCUCUGUGAUCUACCCAUGUGACCAUAGCCAGCUGUUCAUUGGCUGGCACCACGAAGGCAUCUGUCCAAUCGGUACGGUUCGCUCAUAUAAACAUAAGCAAAGCAGCAUUCUUAUGAUUCAGAACAGUGUCUUUCUUUCAGUGAGAUGUCAAUGGGAAAUACUACACUGGGUUCUACUACUUUGUUUGUCCUCGUUCUCAUACCCACAAGAAGAGGGGAUCUUCUACUUUUGAGGGAACUAUUCUGGCUGUAGGAGCAUCUGCUGUUGCCUGUGUUACCUCGCUCUCUCCCCAUUGACACUGUGACCAGCUAACAGUGUUUAUGGUUCAAUCCUUUUCUAUAUACACAUGCAGUUUCAGCACUGACACACUGAACAUGGCUUUGACAUGCAGAGAAAAAACUGAAAAGGUAUGCCACAAUGCAGUUUAACACAGUGGACAGUGCCAGGCCUCACAGGCCCAUGCUAAAGUCAGAGAUGUUGAGCCAGGAUGACCCCAAAUCACGCCCAAUGCUAGAACUCCGAGAGAAGCUCCAGCCAGAGGUGAUCGAGCUGAUUAAACAGCAGAGGUUGAACCGCCUGUGUGAGGGCACAUGCUUUAGGAAGAUCAGUGCUCGUCGCAGACAAGACAAGUUCUGGUAUUGCCGUCUUUCACCAAACCACAAAGUGUUACACUAUGGAGAUAUAGAGGAGUUCUCACAAGGACAAAUAUCACACGACUCUCUCCAGGAGAAAGUGACAGUAGCAGAUAUCAAAGCAGUAGUCACGGGUAAAGACUGCCCACACAUAAGGGAGAAAGGAGCACUUAAGAAUAAGGAGCUCCUGGAGCUGGCUUUUUCCAUUCUUCAUAACUCUGAUGAAUAUCUGAACUUCAUUGCUCCGGACAAGCAUGAAUACAACAUUUGGACUGAUGGCUUGAAUGCUCUUUUGGGAAAAGAGAUGACAAGUGAACUCACAAAAUCAGAUAUGGACACUCUGGUUACUAUGGAGCUGAAACUUCGCCUUUUGGACCUCGAAAACAUUCAGAUUCCUGACGUCCCUCCUCCUGUUCCCAAAGUGCCCAGCACUUACGACUUUGUUUACGACUUUAGUCAGCAGCACACUUGAGACUGGAAUAAAGCCCUUACUCAUGCUGAUAAUCAGCUGUAAGUAAGGAGUGCUCACUUUUUGUCUUUUUUUGCUAUUCCUGUUUAGUGUUUUUCCUCUCCUAUGGACAGAAUCAUAAAUUUUCCUCUAGAUUGUGACUAUGAUGUGAUGCUUAGUUUUCUAUGUCGUUGAAAUGCCUCUCAUAACUUUACUGUUCUACAAAGAAGAAAAAUUCACACUAACAUUUCUUUUCCGUCGUCGAUUUUAAUGAACACUGAACUUGGUAUCAUGCAUAACAUUUUGUGUAAGUAAAAUGCAAAUCAACAGAAAAUACUGAGAAUUGAUUUGUUUCAUAAUCAUGUAAAAUAAAAAUCAGAAGCUACCAUAAGUCAUGGACAUAUACACAGAACUCACAGGACUGUUUCAAAUAAAUGUGCUAAUCAUUGAACAGAAGGAUGAUUCCAGAGUAAUCAACUUAACUAAAUCACACUCAGCAUUAAAGUGUCAGUUAAUAAAUUAUUUACAAUGU